CUCCAUUAUGAGUUAUUUUCAUUAAAGAGUUAAAAUUCUAGAUCAAUGUAGAACAAAAGAAAACUCUUAGAAUUCCCCAGAACAUUUAUCCAGAAACUUCUCAUCUCUCACUAUAAAUACCCCAAAACCUUCUUCUCCGAUCAAAAAUCAUUACAGCAAAAAACCAAUUAAGAAAAUCUCAUCUUAACUGAAAAAGAGAAAAGCUCAGUUCGAUCGAAGAAGAAGAUCAUCAGACAUGGAUUUCAGAAUCUUGGGAUUAGACUCUCCACUCUUCACAACACUCAACCAAAUGAUCGACAAUUCCGAAGACUCCGCCGAUCACAGCAAAUCCAUCAACGCUCCGACCAGAACUUAUGUCCGUGACGCCAAGGCCAUGGCGGCCACUCCGGCUGACGUUAAGGAGUACCCGAACUCCUACGUCUUCAUCAUCGAUAUGCCGGGGCUGAAAUCCGGCGACAUCAAGGUUCAGGUGGAGGACGACAAUGUGCUUCUGAUCAGCGGCGAGAGGAAGAGAGAGGAAGAGAAAGAAGGAGCUAAGUAUGUGAGGAUGGAGAGGAGAGUCGGAAAAUUCAUGAGGAAAUUCGUGUUGCCGGAGAAUGCUAAUACUGACGCCAUUUCGGCCGUUUGCCAGGAUGGUGUUCUGACUGUUACUGUUCAGAAGCUUCCACCACCGGAGCCGAAGAAGCCGAAGACUAUUGAGGUUAAGAUUGCUUGAAAAAUCAAUGGGUACUGUUGUAGGCUGUUUGGAUAUGAGGAAUGUUUCUGUUUGGUUUGGUUAUCCUGUGUUUGCUUCUUUUGCUUUUGUUGUGAUUAAAUGAAAAAUGGGUACGUUUUCGUAUCCAUAGUAGUUGUAUGAAUUUUCAUCGAGUUUUAAUCGAAAUUAGUACUGUUUGUUUUCGUUUA